AUGCCUAAACGAGACGUCAUCCUCACCAAUGUCACCGUUGUCCAGCUGCGGCGACACGCAGGCAGAUCGCAGCAGCACACUGAAUCAGAAACAAAUGCAGCAUCAGUUCCGGGCAAACCUGGAGCAGCAUCUGUAUCCCGUGGCCAUCCCUCUCCCAAAGCAAUACGUGGAAGUCCCGGGUUAACAGUGGGCAUCAAUGGAUUCGGACGUAUUGGGCGGCUGGUGCUUCGAGCCUGCAUAGAGAAAGGAAUAAAAGUUGUUGCAGUAAACGAUCCAUUCAUUGAUGUCAACUACAUGGAAUACAUGUUCAAGUAUGACUCCACUCAUGGUCCAUUCUACGGUACUGUUGAAGUUAAGGAUGGAAAGUUGGUGGUAAACAAACAGGAGAUCGCUGUCUACCAGCACAUGCAACCUGAAGAAAUCCCGUGGAAGACUGCAGGGGUCAUUUAUGUGGUAGAAUCCACUGGAGUGAACCUCACAACAGAAAAAGCCUCGGCCCACAUCAAGGCUGGAGCUCGUCGAGUGGUGAUCUCUGCUCCCUCCCCUGACGCUCCCAUGUUUGUCAUGGGUGUUAAUGAGAACACCUAUAACCCCAAUGACAUGACUGUUGUCAGCAAUGCUUCCUGUACCACCAAUUGCCUGGCCCCCCUAGCCAAGGUCAUCCAUGAUAAUUUUGGGAUAGUGGAGGGACUUAUGACCACAGUCCAUUCUUAUACAGCAACACAGAAGACUGUGGAUGGACCCUCAGUCAAGUCAUGGCGGGAUGGCAGAGGUGCCCACCAGAACAUCAUCCCGGCCAGCACUGGUGCUGCCAAAGCUGUAGGGAAAGUCAUCCCUGAACUUGAUGGGAAACUGACAGGGAUGGCAUUCAGGGUCCCAGUUCCUGAUGUCUCUGUCGUGGACCUCACAUGCCGGCUAAACCGCCCAGGCAAUUACGAUGCCAUUAAGGAGGCUAUGAAGAAAGCAUCCAGGGGGCAGAUGGCUGGUAUCCUCAGCUACACCGAGGAUGAGGUGGUCUCUUCUGACAUCCUCGGAAACCCUCAUUCAUCUAUAUUUGAUGCCAAGGCUGGCAUAUCUCUCAACGAUAACUUUGUCAAACUUAUCGCCUGGUAUGACAACGAAUAUGGUUACAGCCACCGGGUGGCCGAUCUCAUGAAUCAUAUGCACAGCAAAGAGAAGUGA